AUGCUUAUUAAACGUUGGCAAUUACUCGGACAAGCAUUUGAUGACAAAACAGUUGACCAUCGACUAUCGAUUCAACACUUGCCGCACAACGUAAAGGUUCGAUAUGACUUUUCUAUCAAAGAAGCAACUCACUGGAAAGCCAAACAUGGUCGCUUAUUUGUUUUACAUGUUGGACUCCCGAUUCUAUUCGAUAUUUUACCUGUUUCGUACCUCUUUCAUUUUGCUGUUUACGCAUUGGCAAUCAAACUCCUUCAUGCACCUGAAGACAAGUCGGAAAUUGACUUAGCUGACAGAUUACUCAAUUUUUACUGUCAAUCCUCGUCGCUCGUUUAUGACUCGACAAUCGAAUUGUACAGUUUACAUGCACAUCUUCAUUUGGCAGAUCAAGUUCGACACCAUGGAGGCUUAUCAUAUACAUCGGCAUUCGCAUUCGAAUCGUGUAUUCGUUAUACAAAAAGCAAAGCUCAUGGUGUUCGUAAUUUAGCUUCUCAAAUUGCUUAUUGGACUGAUAUGACUUCAAUAGUUGAUCAACCAGUGACUAUGGUCGAAGAACCAUGCGGUAUUGAUGAAAUUACACUUCAAAAUCCUUCACUCGAUCGAUUUCGUUCAACAAUAAUCAAAUUUUCAGGAACAUUAUCGGUGAAAAUUUACAAACGAUUCAAGCGACCAUUUACAUAA